UCGUUACUUUAACAAUGGAAGGCGGGUGCACCCGAGUAGGAGGCCACUGAUGACGUGGCAACAUCAUCUGCAUGUUCGGUCCCACGUAAGGAAGUUCGUUUGUUCCUUGAUGAAGGACUCCUUCGUCUCAGAAUUCUAUUCUAGUAAAACAGCUUAGAGCUCUCUCUCUAAUCUCCAGGAAAGCCAAUCACAAGGUUUCUGCUUCAAAACUUUCUGCUCCUCUUCAACGUUGUAAUCUCUAACUCAUUUACUUUCUGUCGAAGGCUAUCAAGUGGGGUUAUAAGGGUCUAAUCUAAAUAUUCUUCAAAGGGUUUGUGCAUUUUAAUUUCAUUUUUGAAUAUGUCCUCAUCUAACAGUAAUACUCACACUGAAGCUGCUAAAAUGGAACAAAUUAUCGCUGAAUUUUUUGCUAAAAGUCUCCACAUAAUAUUGGAGUCGAGGUCUCCUGCUAUGUCAUCUCGUAAUUACAGUGCUGAUCAAGCUGCAUCGUCUCCAUCUUCCUCUUCGUCCUCCUCUACAAGCGUAAGGCCUAGAGAUAAAUGGUUUAAUUUAGCCCUUAGGGAAUGCCCGGCUACGCUUGAGAAUCCAGAUAUCUGGCGUCGUAUGAAUCUGGAACCAAUGGUUGUUGAUGUGAUUUUGGUGCAGAGACCACCCGAUAGGGACCCUGCAAAUUCUUCCCUGAAAAAGGAUUUGUUUAGGAAUCCUUACUUGAAGGAACGUUAUCCUUUUAGUUGGAAUUCUGAUCAAGAAGAAUUAGGAUAUGAUGCUAAGACUGAGAAAAUUAUAGAGAGAUGGAUAGUGCAGUGUGAGAGUAGGAGGUUAAGGGAUAAUGGUUCUGGCAGUAGGAGAUCAAUUGGUACUUUGCAUACGUUCUAUAAGAAAUUAAUAUUACUUUUGAGGUCUUUGUAUGCAACUGUUAGGCUUCUUCCUGCACAUAAGAUUUUCCGCGACCUCAAUUCGUCUGGACAGAUUCGCACAUUUACCCUUACUCAUAGGGUUUCUUCUUUUGUUGAGCCCUUCACUCGCAAGGAAGAGACUGAAAUGCAGCGAUUUGGGUUCAAUCCUGUGGAUACUUCCUGUGGUAGGCUUUGCCUUUCAGUAGUCUAUCGUUCAUCACUCUCAGACAUAAGGUCUGAAUCAUCAACCCAAAUGUCCCCCCAAUUUAUCCCUGACUAUGUUGGGAGCCCAUUGGCAGACCCACUGAAAAGGAUCCCUUCUCUUCCUCUAUCACAUGGUUCUCCAUCAUCCUUGCCAUUCUCAAGACGACAUAGUUGGAGUUAUGACCUUUAUAAAGCUUCUCCACCUUCAGUUUCUUUCUCACCAUCUCCUACUCAUUCAGAAUCACAUGCAUCAAUUUCUAAUCCAAGUUCCCGUCGCUUCCCAACUAUGAACUUGCCUCCUCAUCCACCUGAAAUAUCUUCAGUUCAUAAGAAAAAUAUGAGCUAUGAUGAGUAUUGUCCUUCCCCUAACUUUACACCCUCCCCAUCACCAUCACCACCAAUCUACAUUCCUGGGCGUCAUCUGGCUAAGGCUCUUUUACGGUCUGAAAGUGCACCUGUUAGCAUACCUACAGGCAAGCUUUCUAGUUCCCCUGUGUUGUCCAACAAGCAAAAUUUGCCUCCAUCUCCUCCCCUCAAAGGUACCAGAUCUGGCAAUCCUAGGACUGAUACAAGCACAGGUUUUGUGCAGACUGGUGCAUCAGUUGAGAAGUUGUUCUCCCUUGGAAAAGAUGACACUAGAAAGUAUUCGGGGAUGAGGAUACCAUCCAACAGCUCUCCACAGAUUUCAUUUUCCAGAAGUCCCAGCAGGUCUUUUCCAGAUGAUUUUGAUGAUCCUGACUUUCCUUGCCCAUUUGAUGUAGAGGAUGAUGAUAUGACAGAUCCAAGUAGCAGGCCUGAAUCAUUUGAUCAGAGAGGCGUUUUGUGUGAUCCACUUGAGCCAGGAGGACUAUUUCCAGUUAGAAAUUCACAAGAUGCUGCUGUUGGUGCUCUUGUACGUAUGCUGAGGAAAGCACCUCCUCUACGCCAAGACAUCUCCACUUCAAUCGAUUUGUCACAAGUCUCUAGGUCCAAAAUAUCUAGCAGCAGCUUCCAAGAACAUGUUCAGAUAUCUGAGACCCCUGCAAUUCAGCCGGCUUCUUCAAGUAUUGCAUCUUCAGGGCUUGUUGCAUCAAAGACAACUGCUGAUGCAUUGGAAGAACUUCGGGGUUACAAAGAGUUGAUGAGAGACUUGUUGCUUAGUCAAGCUGAUAGGUCCGACACGUCAGCUAAUCCUACUUCUUUCCAGAAACCUGCAACUGGUUGACCUCAUGUUGAUACUUGCACAUAUGUACAGCAUAAUGGUUUUAAGAGUUUCCUGGUAUACAAAUGUCUUAUUAGCACCCAUUUCUUCUGUAUAUAUGAGGUUAGUGAUGAGUGAGGCUCAUACAAACUUUAAAGGGCUAUAACUGCCUUUAGAUCCCCUUAACUUUUGUAGUUAAAUUACGUACUGUGUUUAGUACUGCUUAAAAUAUUGGAGCUUGGCUUGUGUGUCAUGCAUCAAUGAUAUAUUUCUUUUUUCUUUUCUAA